CAGCUCUCUCCGGCCCAGCACCGUCCCUCACGUGGCCGCGCGCGCCGGCGUGCCCGUGACGUCACGGCGCGCCCGCCCCGCGUGACGUCAGCGCGAUGGCGGGGGAGGCGGCGGCGCUGCUGGCGGCGGCGCGGGCGGAGCUGCGGGCGCGGCGGCUCUCGGCGGCCGAGGAGCUCUUCAGCCGCUUCAUCGCCCGCAGCCCCGCGGGUGCCCGCAGCGACCUCGCCACGGCGCUCAACGACCGCGGGCAGGUGCGGUACCUGCGCGUGGAGUUCGCCGCCGCCGUGCAGGACUUCACGGCCGCCAUCGAGUGCCAGCCCGGCUUCGAGGUGCCCUACUACAACCGCGGGCUGGUGCGCUACCGGCUGGGAGACUUUGAUGAGGCCAUGAAAGAUUUCAGGAAAGUAUUAGAGUUAAACCCCCAAUUUGAAGAUGCUGCAUUGAGUCUAAAACAGGCUAUUCUUGAUAAAGAAGAAAAACAGAAGCGGGGUUAUUGAAAAUUUCAGAGUUUAUCAUAGAAAAUAUUCACAGGAGGAGUUGUGGCUUUCUCUUCCUUAUUAAAGAGAUCAAUUCCCUGAACAAUACAGUGUGAAAUCCAUCUGAUGGAGCUGGCUGUGAACACCCAGGCAGCUUCAUUUCUCGCAUGGUAGGAGGGACCAUUACUGAAAUCUGUAAAUCAUCAGCAAGAAACACCGUUGCAAGUUCAUAGCAACACAAGUUCUAAUAAAAGAAAUACUCUCUGAUU